AUGGGCUCAGAAAAGGCCAGCAGCCCCCGCUGGGCGGCGUUCGCGCGGGACACGAACGAGACCAAGAUUCAGCUGGCGCUGAACCUGGACGGCGGCGCAUUCCCGCCCGAGACAGACGCGAAGCUGAAGUCGGCCGCCGAGGAGGGACACGCGAGCCAGGCCAGCAAGUCGCAGACCAUCAGCGUGAACACGGGCAUCGGCUUCCUGGACCACAUGCUGCACGCGCUGGCGAAACACGCCGGCUGGAGUCUGGCGCUGGCGUGCCAGGGCGACCUGCACAUCGACGACCACCACACCGCCGAAGACGUCUGCAUCGCGCUCGGGUCGGCCUUCGCCCGCUCCCUCGGCAGCGCGACAGGGCUAGCGCGCUUCGGGUCGGCCUACGCACCUCUAGACGAGGCGCUCUCGCGCGCCGUGGUGGACUUAUCGAACCGGCCGUUCAGCAUCGUGGACUUGGGGUUAAAGCGCGAGAAGAUCGGCGACCUGAGCUGCGAGAUGAUUCCGCACUGCCUGCAGAGCUUCGCGCAGGCCGCGCGCGUCACGAUCCACGUCGACUGCCUGCGCGGCGACAACGACCACCACCGCGCCGAGAGCGCCUUCAAGGCCCUGGCCGUCGCCGUGCGCAUGGCUACGGCUCGCGUGCCGGGGCGCGAGGGCGAGGUGCCGAGUACGAAGGGGACGCUGAGUGUGUAG